AAAUACUAAUAUUACGUAAUAACAUAUUAUUAUGAAAUAUUUUCGAAACUUCUAACUUCAAUUUAACAUGUCGUCUGUCUAUACUAAACAUACAAUUUAAAAAAAAAUGAAAUUCUAACUGUAAUAGAUGUUUAUUGUUUGUUUCCGCUUGCAAUUCAGUGAUGUUUACAAUUCUAUUUUAGCAGAUCUCAAUAGUUAAGUUUAUUUUUAUUUCAUAUUUAGCCACUGAAAAUGCCAGGUGUCAAUUGCCUGUCAUGUGGAGAGCUUUUUUAUUCAGUUUCAUCAGACGAAAAAUUGUGUUAUCAGUGAUUUUUGGCUGCUCGUUAACAUAUUGUAUUGUCAGUUUCUUAUUGAUUUCACCCAGACGUACAGACACAUGGCGUGUUCCAAGAAAAUUGGAUCACAGUGCAUUUGUUUGGAUGUCAGCCGAAGUCGAUUUGAACAAUUCAAUAGAUCUAAGAUGUCGAAAUACUGUACAAGGCAGAGAAUAUAUAGCAGAUGACAGAGGUUACAUAUGUCUAAGAGACGAUCUUCUAGCGAACAACUGCUGCGGGACUACCGAAAAACGUUACGUAUGUAAUACGUGUAACGCGGACGGCUGUUGUGUGCUGUACGAACACUGCGUGUCCUGUUGUCUCAAUCCCAAUAAGAGAAAACUAUUGCAAACCGUUCUGGGUAAAGCUUCGGAAACGUUCCGAGUGCUGUUUUCGGCGAUCAAUAAUCAUUUUGAACUUUGUUUGGCCAAAUGUCGAACGAGUUCUCAGAGCGUACAACACGAAAACACCUAUCUAAAAUCGAACAAACACUGUUACACGACGGCCGACAAAAUACCUUGACAAGUUUGGCGACACGCGGAUUUUUCAUUAACCGAAUUCCUAUAUGCAUAUUGUAUAGGUAGGUAGUAAUUGUGUAAAAUUUGACAUAUCCGUGUGUCGUACACAUAUUUUUUUAUCGUUUAUACAAUAACUGUGGGUUUUAUCGAGGCUAUAAUGUUGUUGUGAUGGCUUAUUCUGAUGUAAAAACAAAUCUGUGCAAUGUACAAUUAAGAAAUUUAAUUUAUUAUACUUAUUUUUUUUUUUCAAAAUUUCAUGAGAUAUAUUUUAUAGCAAUAGAUUAUUUAAUUGUUGAUGUACUUUGUUUGUUUAGCAAUAUAAAUGUCUAAUUCAUACUAGUUUUGGUACAAGCAAUUUUUAAUUUUUACAUUAUGUAUUAUAAUUUAUAAAAAU